GCAUCACUCUUUGAUAUAUGUUAAUGAUACGGAAACUUUUAAGACAUUGGUCAAAACUGAUUCCAUAUAUUUGCUACUACGUUAGUGAGCUCGCAUGCGGAAAAGUUGAGAGGAAUUGAGAAUUUCCUGAAAGAAAGAGAAAGCGUCAACUCUGCGAAGUCGAAACGGUAGGCUAAAUGUUGGGUUGAGGACUGACAAUUUCGAGGAAACCCAGUGUCCAAGUCCUGUUUUCUUCCAUAUGAAUUUCCAUGACUUCUCAAUAGCAUUUCCAGUAGUUCAUGAUUAAUGUUUAAGGAUUUUUUGUUUAUUUUAGUUGUAAUGAUUUGACAGACGAUCUCAAAAAAUCCUUUACUCAAAUAAAUACUUUACAACUGCAUUAUUAGAAAAUACAUAGACAUUUCUAUGACGUUGACAGUGAACCCGCAUGACAGUAAAAGAGGGCGAAUCAGGGUAUAAUCGAGACUUUCUUGUCAUUGGGACAAUGCAUGAGAUAAAUCAAAGUUUGAGGAUUUAUGUGCUUAAUUAUGUCUGAACAACUGUUUUUUUCAUUCUUUUUUUUUAAAUAAUUAUAUAAUAGGUCAUCAGUAAUAUUAAAUGUGAUGAAUCAAUGUGAAUGUUCUGUGGCACAUAUAUGUAAAAAUCACAGUCAUAUAGUGGAAUUUGAUUUUUUGUUGUUGUUGUUGUUGUUGUUUUAAUGUGUUUUUUUUUUUUUUUUUUUAAGGUUUACAGCAACCAAAAGGGGAACUGCUCUUUGUUUUGGGCAAUAUUACUACUGCGAACACAGCAAAACAAAUAGGCUACUAUUUAUAUAGAUAGAUAGAUAGAUCUGUGCAACCACAAAUUGCUUCAUUGGCAAAAAGGAACGUGAUCUUGUUUUUUCCUCUCUCUGUUUACUUUAUCUCCACAGCAAAUACGAGAAACAACACCGUUAACUUUGAACCAAAUGGCCACUCUUGUCCCUACAAAACCCUCAGCCCUAUCUGGACCAGUUCAGUCUUCCAUCCCACCCGCUGUGCCUUCCACAGCACCCCUGUCCCUGUCCAGUCAGAUCGGGAUGGCUAUCUUGGUCAUUGCCUUCGUGUUUGGUUUCCCCGGGAACCUGUUUGUGGUUUGGUCGGUUCUGUGUCGAGUGCGUCGCCGCUCCGUUACAUGCCUGCUGAUCCUGAAUCUGGCCAUGGCGGAUGCGCUGGUUCUCCUGAGCGCUCCGCUGUUCCUCCGCUUCCUGGCAAAAAGACUACACUGGGAGUUUGGAGCUGCCCUGUGUAAGACGAUCCAUUACCUGUGCUGCGUCAACAUGUACGUUUCCAUCUACCUGAUCUGCCUGAUGAGCAUGGACCGCUGGCUGGCCGUCGCAAAGCCGUUUCUGUCUCAGAGGUUGAGGACCAAGAAAAGGCUCCUGUCCAUCAUGUUGGGCAUCUGGGUGAUGGCUUUUCUGAUGGCUUUGCCCAUGCCGUUCUAUCGUAUCGUGAGGCCAUUCCGUCCAGGUAUGCAUGUGUGUAUGCCGUAUCACUGGGAGAGCGACACUCAUGAAAUCUUUCAGUACCUGUCUGAGACUAUCCUGGGCUUCCUGCUGCCCUUCACCUUCAUCCUGUUCUGCUACAUCUCAGUGAUCUGUCGUCUGCGUAGCGCCAUGUUCCAGCGCAAAGGAAGAGGAAACGCCCUCAUCCUCAUCAUCAUCGCUGCGUUCACCGUCUUCUGGCUGCCGUAUCACCUCAUCAACAUCCUACAGGUGAUUGGUGUGAUGCAGGGCUCCUCCUCUUCUGUUUUAAAAGCAGCGAAAGUGGCCCGUCCUAACGUGACGGCGUUCGCCUUCAUGAGCAGCAGCGUGAACCCCGUCCUGUACGUGUUUGCCGGCAGCUCUCACAUCCGUCAGGCUGGUCUGGGCUUCAUGGCCAAACUCUUCGAAGGAACCAACUCGGAGUCGGCCACCACCCGCAGCAGUCGCGGCUCUAAUGCAGAGAUCUCUGUUUUCACCAAGCUGUCCGUCAAACUGAGUCGUAAAGGAGACAGAGCCGAGACCCCUGGUGGUGAAGAUGAGACCAUGGCAGACGUGUAAAACAGAGAUGAGAUGAAGACCUUCAACACCCUGCAUUAAAGUGCUCAUAUCGUGUAUUUAUUCUCCUGAGGUCCAUUUAUAAUGUUAGCAAAUGUCAUUGGACUCUCAGCAUCCCAACUGAAAUAUCAUCUUCUGCUGCUGUUUCAGAAUAAAAGUGUCUUAUAUUCUCUGUCUAAAUACUUGAUUGUGAUUGGCUGGAAUGUGAGCAUUAAAAAUUGUUACUUUUUUUUUUUUAGAAGAUUUUGUUUAUGAAAAGUCUAAAUGUGUUUCAUUUCAUACUCCUACAGUUUACUGUAUGUUUUUAUUAGUUUGUUUAGAAAACAUAAACAUGUAUACACAUCCUCGUUUGUUUGCUGAUGUCCACACCACACUUAGACAUUCAGGCUGGACUAUUUACAUAUCUGACGUGAAACAGAAAGAUAAGCAGUGUUAUUGAUCUUAUCUGUUAGUCUUAUUUGUUAGACUUAUUAGUUUGACUCCGAAAAUCAUCAAUUAACAUAUCCAAUGCAAACCAAUGUUUUUUUUUUGUUGUUUGUUUUUUUUUAAAAACUGUCUUCAAUAUAUUUUUAAAUAGUAUGUCAAUGUAUUUUUCUUACUAUCAUGUUAAGCAAAUUGUAAACAUUUGCGAUAAUAAAUGUAGAUAAUGAUUGUUUAAUUGUG